AUGCCCUCCACUGUCCAAGUGAAGCCUCUCAACGAUCCUCUUUACCCUCACGGGGCCACAGACAAAAAUAUCAGCGGUGAGAGGCCACUGGGAAAAAAAAAACUGCUGAUACAGAUGGGUAACGUGGUGUCAAGAAAGGUUUCCGAGGCCAACCUCAGGCCAGAACGAAAAGAAGAUGGAGUUUACAUUCGUUUGGCGGGUGAGCAGGAAUGGGGUGCCGCUCGCGCUCUGGCCUGGCUCAGCUCGGGGCUCUUUGAAGGUCGCCUCAUUGUCACUUCGAAGCGCCGGAGCCGGGAAUCCAGGCCACGCGGCGUGACUGACACGAUGCACUAUGGGCACCUUUCUGUGCCCCAUGGCCCUCCCGCAGGUGCAGCCGACGCCGGAGGGGGCCGCCCCCGCAGAGUCCCGGCCUCUCGCCGUUAUCACUGCAUGCACCCACACUCCCGAAACAGCUUCCCCACCCAUCCCCGAGGGCCCGAUGCGCUGAAGUCACCGGUCAGCGGUCCCCGGGCUUACCCUCGAGAGGCGCACGGAGCGCGGCCCCGUAGCAGGCGCGAUCCCGGGGGCCUCCGGCGCCGGGCUGCCCAAACGAUCGGCUCUCCUGGCCGCCUCCUUCUCGUUGUCCUCGGCCCAGUCCCGGCCGCCCGGCGGCUCCGGUUCCCUCCACAGCAGCCGGCCGGGCGGCACCGGGGCGCACGCGGCGGGCUCGGCUGGGGCGCCUCCUCCUCUUUCGGCUGCCCUGCCACCGACUCAGCGCUCCCGGGCUCCGGGUCCGGGGUUCUGGGACGCGGGGCUUGUCGGGGCGCUCCGGGUCCCCCGCGCUCCCUCCUGCGCCGCCCUCCCGCGCGCGGCCCCUCUCCCGGGGCGCCUCACUCGUUGCGCGCGGCCGUCAGAGGCUCGGGGGCACGCGGGGGCGGCGGUCUGGUGGGCCCCGGGGUGGCGGGCGGGGGCGCUGCUGUGGACCGGGGCACUGAUGCAGGCGCCGCGGCGCGGCCUCUCGCCAUGGCUCUCGGCGGGCGGGCGCUUCGCACCUCCCCUCCGCGCUGCCGUCACUGCCCAACGCGCGCCGAGCCCUCCCCUUCCCCCGCCCCGCCUGCAGGCCCGCACCACCACCUCCAGGACGCCCGCCGGGCGGAGCGCGUCGCUGCUGCCCCGUGCUGCCCCCCUCUAACCUCUCCGGCAGGUGGCCGGCUCCUGCGCCUUUACCGGCGUCUGGCCUGGAGAAGUCCCGGGGGAAAAUAG